AUGAUCCCCCUCUUCCAGUCGAUACGCGGACGCAGGCUGGCCACCUCGACCUUUUUCCUGGCCACAUUCUGCGCCUCGAUCCUCACCGUCAGCGUCUCGGCGUCCAACAUCCUCCCCUGCCCCGCACCCCGUCGCUCCAUCGCCGACGGAGAGCCAUUGACAGAGGAGGCCGAAGACGGCGAUGCCGACUCGAUGCCAAUGAAGGGUCUCGGUCAGCGCGUCCUCUUGACGCGCAAGGGAGGAGUGCGCAACCUGGCCACAUUUGUCGGCGUCCAUCGGCCAUCGGUGGCGCAGCUUCACCCCAAGACAAGCGCCCUCGACGGGCAACACUCCAGCGCCAUGCCGUUCCUCACAAGGCCUGCGGUGCAGAAUCACGCCGGCACCACCCCUCGCCGAUCAGCAGCUUCGAUGCAGUGGACGCGGCGCUUCCGGCGACCCUUCGAGCCAACAGGUCGACCGCAGCUGUCAGCACGGCACAAUACCGCUCGGGCCCUCUACCCUUCGUCAAGUCGCAUCGACCCGCCUCUCGGCGCCGACCAGCUCGAGAUGGCCCAUCGCUCGAAUCCCCGGGAGCUCAGCGCUAACGACACACCGCCGCCCGACGUCCAGGCACUCGGCACCCGUCGAGCAACGGCUUCCGAUCGCUGUCGAGUCAGCCCCCAGUAG